AUGACAACGCAAAAGAACUUCCACGUCGCCGUCAUCGGCGGCGGCAUCGCCGGCAUGACUCUGGCCAUCGCCCUCCACCGCCGUCAGAUCCCAGUUACCAUCUACGAGCAAGCCCCCGCGUUCGGCGAGGUAGGCGCAGGCGUCUCCUUCGGCCCCAACGCCGUCGAGGCGAUGAAGGUGUGCCACCGCGGCAUCCACGAGGCCUUCGAGCGGGUCUGCACGCGCAACCUGUGGCCCUCCAAGCAGAAGGUGUGGUUCGACUACCUGGAUGGCUUUCACCGCGGCACCUCGACCAGCGCCCAGAACUCGAGCCGCCAGGACAUCGCCUUCACUAUCUCCAAUAGCCUGGGCCAGACGGGUGUCCACCGGGCACAUUUCCUAGACGAGCUGAUCCAACUGGUGCCGAGCGAGAUCGCGCGGUUCAACAAGCGCCUGGAGAACGUCACGGAGCGCGCCGACGGCAAGCUUGUGAUGCACUUCGCCGAUGGAUCGGAGGAUCUGACCGAUGUGGUUGUCGGCUGCGACGGCAUCAAGUCACAGGUCCGCCGGCUCAUCGUCGGCGACGACCACCCCUCGGUGCAUCCAUCAUACACGCACAAGUAUGCCUAUCGCGGCCUGGUGCCCAUGGAACAGGCCAUCGAGGCCGUGGGGGAGGAACUGGCGUCGAAUUCCUGCAUGCAUAUGGGCCCCGGCGGCCACAUGUUGACCUUCCCCGUCAACCAAGGCAAAACCCUCAACAUCGUCGCCUUCCACACCUCCCCCGAUGAAUGGACCGACUACCCGCGCCUCACCCGCCAAGGGACUCGUGACGAAGCACUCCGCGACUUUGCCGGCUACGGGCCCAACGUCACCAAGCUGCUGAAACUGACCGAUGAGAAACUCAGCGUGUGGGCCAUCUUCGACCUCGGCGACCACCCGGUCCCCACCUUCCACAAAGGCCGUAUCUGCAUCACCGGCGACGCCGCGCACGCGACCUCCCCGCACCACGGCGCCGGCGCCGGCUUCUGCAUCGAGGACACGGCGGUGCUGGCGACGCUGCUAGCGGACGAGCGGGUGCAGACGGGCGCCGACCUCGCGGCCGUCCUGGCAGCAUAUGAUCACAGCCGCCGCGAGCGGGCGCAGUGGUUGGUGCAGAGCAGCCGGUUCGCGGGGAACUGCUACGAGUGGCUCGCGGAGGGCGUGGGGGCGGAUUUCGCGAAGAUCGAGCAGGCGAUUACUCACCGGAAUGGGAUCAUUGCCCAUGUCGAUGUGCCGGCGAUGUGUGCGCAGGCGAGGGAGGGUCUGAGGAGGCGGUUGGGGCGGGUGAGGAGGGGGGUUUUGUAG